GCCGCGACGCUGAGCCAGCGCACCGGGGCGGGACGCUCCUGGCCCGCCACGGGGCCAUGGCUGCGGGCUCGUUCCCAGCCUGUCUGUAGUGUGUGUCGGAGCCCCCAGCCCUCCGCCCAGGGUUAACGCAGGGUGCCCCAGCCCCCGACUGAGUGCGGAGGCCCCCGGCCUCCGGUUCCCCGACACCCGAACCUUCAGCUGCCUCCGACCCGGUGCUUCGGACUUGGGACCGUGCGAGCGCCCAGGAAGCCCCGGCCCGGGUCCAGCGCCCCGUGAGGGGUCCCAGGCAGGCUGGACAGUUGGACUGAACCGGUGUGGGCUGGUGCUGCGAGCCGAAGCCGCCACCUUCCUGCGCCCCAGGCGAGGGGCUCGGCUCCGCAGAGAACACUGGUGGCCCCUCUGCCCCGGUGGCUGGCGAGACCGAGAGCUGCAGCUCACCCAGUGAAGUGACAUCACCACCUCUGUGGACAGGAGACCCCGGGAGCCCAGCUCACGGCCACUGGUACCUUCUUCCAGGUAAAGGAAAAAGGACCAGCCGGUGGCCUCCAUGGGCGCCUGAGGGCCGGGCGCCAGGGCCUUGGGCACGAGCAUGGUGAGACACCAGCCCCUGCAGUACUAUGAGCCACAGCUGUGCCUCUCCUGCCUCACAGGCAUCUACGGCUGCCGCUGGAAACGCUACCAGCGCUCCCACGAUGACACUACACCGUGGGAGCGCCUCUGGUUCCUGCUCCUCACCGUCACCUUCGGCCUCACGCUCACCUGGCUCUACUUCUGGUGGGAAGCUCACAAUGACUACGACGAAUUCAACUGGUACCUCUACAACCGCAUGGGCUACUGGAGUGACUGGUCCGUGCCCAUCCUCAUGACCACAGCCGCCGCCUUCACUUACAUCGCAGGCCUCCUGGUCCUGGCACUAUGUCACAUUGCUGUGGGGCAGCAGAUGAACCUGCACUGGCUGCACAAGAUAGGACUGGUGGUCAUCCUGGUGUCCACGGUGGUGGCCAUGUCGGCUGUGGCCCAGCUAUGGGAGGACGAGUGGGAGGUGCUGCUCAUCUCCCUGCAGGGCACAGCGCCGUUCCUGCACGUGGGGGCCCUGGCUGCCGUCACCGCGCUCUCCUGGGUCGUGGCAGGACAGUUUGCCCGCGCAGAGCGGUCCUCCUCCCAGAUGGCCAUUCUCUGUACCUUCUUCGCCGUGGUGUUUGCCCUCUACCUGGUCCCUCUCUCCAUCUCCUCUCCCUGCAUCAUGGAGAAAAAGGACCUGGGCCCCAAGCCCGCCCUCAUCGGCCACCGCGGGGCCCCCAUGCUGGCCCCAGAGCACACGCUGAUGUCCUUCCGGAAGGCCCUUGAGCAGAAGCUGUAUGGACUCCAGGCUGACGUCACCAUCAGCCUGGACGGCGUGCCCUUCCUCAUGCAUGACGCCACCCUGCGGCGCACCACCAACGUGGAGGAGGAGUUCCCGGAGCUCGCCCGCAGGCCCGCCGCCAUGCUCAACUGGACUGUCCUACAGAGGCUCAAUGCCGGCCAGUGGUUCCUGAAGACGGACCCCUUCUGGACUGCCAGCUCCCUGUCGCCCUCCGACCACAGGGAGGCCCAGAACCAGUCCAUCUGCAGCCUAGCAGAGCUCCUGGAGCUGGCCAAGGGCAAUGCCACGCUGUUGCUCAACCUGCGCGACCCGCCGCGGGAGCACCCCUACCGCGGCAGCUUCCUCAAUGUCACGCUGGAGGCCCUGCUGCGCUCGGGCUUCCCCCAGCACCACGUCAUGUGGCUGCCUAAUAGGCAGAGGCCCUUGGUGCAGAAGGUGGCUCCUGGCUUCCAGCAGACGUCCGGCUCCAAGGAGGCGGCUGCCAGCCUGCGGAGAGGCCACAUCCAGCGGCUGAACCUGCGCUACACGCAGGUGUCCCGCCAGGAGCUCAGGGACUAUGCGUCCUGGAACCUGAGCGUGAACCUCUACACGGUCAACGCACCGUGGCUCUUCUCCCUGCUGUGGUGCGCGGGGGUCCCGUCCGUCACCUCCGACAACUCCCACACCCUGUCCCAGGUGCCUUCCCCCCUCUGGAUCAUGCCCCCGGACGAGUACUGUCUCAUGUGGGUCACCGCCGACCUGAUCUCCUUCAUCCUCGUCGUUGGCAUUUUCGUGCUCCAGAAGUGGCGCCUGGGUGGCAUACAGAGCUACAACCCUGAGCAGAUCAUGCUGAGCGCUGCGGUGCGCCGGACCAGCCGAGACGUCAGCAUCAUGAAGGAGAAGCUCAUCUUCUCAGAGAUCAGCGAUGGCAUGGAGGUCUCCGAUGAGCUCUCUGUUUGUUCAGACAACAGUUACGACACAUACGCCAACAGCGCCACCACCCCUGUGGACCCCCGAGGGAGGGGCAGCCGCGCCAAGACCUUCACAGACCGGAGUGGGCGUUAGCUGAAGACCUGUCUGUCCCAGCCUGUACCAAACGUGGAGACCAGGAACCCAGGAGAGCUGGCAGGAGCGUAUCUGGACUUGGAGUGCUCUGGGAGCUGGCUCCAUGGCCUCCUCGUUGGCUCCAGCCUCUUGUCAGCCAUGGCCUCUCUUGGAGGGGGCACCCCUCUCCCCUGAGGCCCAGGUGGGCCAGGACUCCAGCCUCUCAGAUGCCCCUGCAGGCCUGGGGCUCCCUCUGGGAAGUUUGGGGCCCGGGGCCUGGUCCUCCCUCUUAGGCCCUCCUUGCAUCGUGAUCUGGAAGCUUUGAUGGGUCACUGGGCCAUCCCAUGCCCCCUGUGGAUGGAGGAUGUGGAUGCCCACGUGUGUCCGUCCUCCUGUCCAUGCUGUGAGGCAGCCGACUUCUCUGUGUUUCUCCUGCCUUGAGGGUCUGAGCAGGGCCUCCACUGCCAGCAGCUCUGCUCCUCAAGUCCAUCUCAAAGCACAAGGAGGUUUGGCCCAGGAGAAAGCCUGCUGUGGUGGUGGAGACACUCCUCCGCCCCCACCAGCCUCCCACCGCCGCCAUCCCUGCCCCAGGAGAGGGCCUGAGCCAUGUCCUGUAGGAGCAGCUAGAGAUGCCAAAAGGGCAGGCUCAGGGCUGCUCGAUCCUGUGCCCAAGUGUCCAACAGGCCUCUGGGGCAGAGUGACCUGGAGUCCACAGACUGACAUGACUUCAAGUUUCCACGUCGGUGGCCAAAGGGCAGGGGCCAUCUGGGAAAAGUGUUCUGGGCAUGUACAAGGGUGGGCGUGUGGCCAAGGAAGCCUGCAGUGGAGGGAGCCCGAGGGGCCUUGGCCAACAUGAUUAAUGCUGCCAUCUUGA